AUGUGUACGCUUCUCCCCGUCCAGUUCUCGACCGGUGCCGCCGCGGCUCAAGACCCCUACCGCCAUGACCGAGAUGGCGAGGGUCCGCGGGAGGCCGACCGCGGUGUUGAUCCCCCCCCCCUGGCUGAACCGGGCGACCUGUUCGGGCCCCGCUCUGACGGCUGGUGGACCGGGCGACGGCCUUCCGAGGAAGGGGAGGUGCCAGGGAGGCGAGAAGACGGGAAAAUUUCGUCCCUGCCGCAGCUCGUCCUCCGGGACUGCACCAAGCAGUCUUUGCAGGCCUACUUCGACAACUCGUGGAUGCUAACCGAGAGCCUGUUCGCCGGUCUCCAGGGCGAGGAGGCGUUUCUGCUUCGCCCCUUGCACGGGCUCCGCCAUCCCCUCAUUUUCUACUACGGCCACGCGGCCGCCCUCUACGUGAACAAGCUAAGGGCUGCAGGGAUCUUGCAGGCACCAGUCAACGCCUACUUCGAGGCGUUGCUAGAGACAGGAGUGGAUGAGAUGGCGUGGGACGACGUUGGCAAUGACAACAUGGAGUGGCCUACCCUUCAAGAGGUCCACGCCUACCGGCAGCAGGUCUACCGGGUGGUUUCCUCCGUCAUACAGGCCGCCCCCGAGGAUGAGGUCUCGAACAUCGGCGCGGACAGCCCAUACUGGGCCCUGCCGAUGGCCAUGGAGCACGAGCGCAUCCACGUUGAGACGUCGAGCGUGUUGAUCCGCGAGCUCCCCCUCGAGCACGUCUCGCGCCCGGCGACGUGGCCGGCCCCGCACGUCCCCGACUCUGACGGCAGCAGCGACCGCUCGCAAACACCGCCUCCAAUGGAAAACCCUCUGGUGCGAGUGGAGGGAGGCGUGGUCCGCCUGGGGAAGCCGAAGGAUUUUCCGAGCUUCGGCUGGGACAACGAGUACGGGUCGCGCGAGUUUUCCGUGCCCAGUUUCGAGGCCGCCAAGCACAUGGUGACCAACGGCGAGUUCUUGGAGUUCGUUGCGGACGCGGGGUACGCGCGGCAGGAGCUGUGGUCGGACGUGGGGUGGAGGUGGAAGAUGUUUCGGAACGUCAAGAAGCCGCAGUUCUGGGUGUCGGAGGGCCCCUCGGGCUUCCACCAGUACCGUCUCCGUACCUUGUUUGACGAGGUGCCGCUUCCGCGCGACUCGCCCGUUCUGGUUAAUUUCCACGAGGCAAAAGCCUUCGCAACGUGGAAAACCUUGAAAGAGGAAGAGAGUUUUGGCGAGGGCGGCAGGGCUUACCGGCUGACGACAGAGCUGGAGCAGAAGCUCAUGAGGGGCUGCAACGCCGAGCGAUCCAGCCCCGACAUUCCCGAGCUCAUCGACCCGGUGCUGUCGCUGUCGGACGCGCAAGACCUCCAUCGCCGCGGUGGUGACGGUGCCGGGCACGGGGCGGCCAACACCAACCUCACCGUGGGGUCAGAGACCCCGGUGGACGCGUUCCCGCCCAACGAGAUGGGCUUCUGCGACACCCGCGGCAACGCGUGGGAGUGGUGUGAGGACCACCUCUCGGCUCUGGAAGGCUUUUCGAUCAGCCCGCUCUACGAGGACUUCUCCACCCCGUGCUUCGACGGCGAGCACCACAUCAUCGCGGGCGGGAGCUUCGCCAGCACCGGCAACGAGGCGAGCGUCUUCGCGCGGUACCACUUCCGCCCCCACUUCCACCAGCACGCCGGUUUCCGGCUGGUCGCUCCGGAGCGAAAGGAGGAGGCGACGCGCUUCGUGACGUCUUGCACAGACGCUCCCAGCCCCUUCGUCGGAAGCUACCCCUUCCGCACCGCGGACAAGGGGGCGUCUGCCUCGUCCUCCGGGUGGGCAAAGCGCGAGGCUCAAGCCGAGAGAAGCUUCGCCUCGAACGUGGCGAUGCACUUCGCGGUGCCCGAGGUAGCCCGACAAGACCCCACCGUCGCGGAAGGGUUGCAGUACCCGCAAAGGUGCGCGAAAAUCGUCCUGCGCGCCCUCGACGGCGUGCUCCCAGCCGGAGAGGCCCAUGUGGUUGAAGUCGGAUGCGGCGCGGGCGGAGCGUCAUUUGAGCUCUCCAAGGGUGUAGGGAGAGUCGUAGCGCUGGAGGCCAACAAGAGUCUCAUCGACACCGCGUCGAAGAUGGCGACGGAAUCCAGGCUGACCGUCGCCUAUCCGUCGGGGGGUGCGAGGAGCGUGGCCCGGGAAGUCUCUCUCGACGGGGAGGCCAACCCGGACAGGAUAACGUUCAAGCAGUGCGAUCCGAUGUGCCUCCCGGCAGGCUUGGCCGGGCUAGACGCGGCCCUAAUCCACAGCACGAUCGACGCCAUCCCUUCCCCGAACGGGCUCCUGGGCCGGAUGGGAGGGGCCAGGGGCAUCGUGAGGGAGAACGGGGGCGUGGUGGUGGUGGUGUCGGCGUACGAGUGGAAUGAGGACGUGACCCCAGAGAGGGCGUGGCUGGGCGGUUACCUCGACGAGGACGGCAACGAGGUCCCCUCGAUCCAGGGGCUGUCGAGAGGGCUGGGCGACGACUUCAAGCUUGUCCACGUGGAAAGGGUGCCGUGCAUGCGGCCGCUGACAGACCGCACUUUCGAGUAUGCGUCCGCGGAGGCGACGGUGUGGCGCAGAGACUGA